AGUGCAGUUUUCAUUAAAAUUAAAAUAAGACUUGACCUAAAGAUCUUAGUUACCAGGUCAUAAUAUCCCUUUAAAAAAGUCAGCUGUAUUGCACAACAAAAUAUUGUUUUUCUGUAUCGUUCUCUAACAUUCGAAAAUACGUGAAUCAUAAUUCAUAGUGCUUGCAUAAAAGUAUAUAAAAAGUAAUUCAAAGCCUCAAGAACACCAUUAAUUAGUUGUAACGCCGGUAUUAAUACGUGUUAUUUGUGUCAUUUUACGGCCAGUGCAUUUAUAUAAAUCAAAAAUGGAGGACCAAGUUCCAUUUAAAGUUUAUGCAUUUUUUGAGGAGAAUGCUCAGCCAGAAGUAAGGAGAUUUGGUGUUGAGAAAACUGUUGUGAGCAGUUUUCAUUAUUUGAAUGCGAAACUGCAAGAAGUCUACCCAAAGCUGCGGAACAAGAUUUAUAAAGUAUCAUGGAAAGAUGAGGAAGGUGAUGACAUUAUAAUUUCAUCAGAUGAUGAAAUGAUGACUGCACUAGUGUCUUUGGAGAGUGGGCUGAUUAAGCUCAACGUUCACUGCAAGAAUCCAGAUAUUAGAGAUGAUGACUGUGAAAUAGAGAUAACUGCGACUACAAUGUUCCCAGAAAACACGGAUGGUAACACGGCAGUUCAUAGCGGAGUCGUUUGCAAUGUAUGCAACUCUCCAGUUGUGGGUUUCCGUUACAAGUGCGCAAUUUGUCAUGACUACGACUUGUGCUCCAAGUGCGAGGCCGCCGGGAAUCACAAUGAACACUGCAUGGUCCGUCUCCCCACACCGGACAUGUCGCGCACCUUGAUCAAGGCGGCAAUUAAGAGAUCCCGUCAUAUUUUCAAAUCGGUUGCUACCCACGUCGACCAAUGCCCUUACAAAAAGAAUAGACGUGAACGUAGCGGGGACGCAAAACGCCGUGAAGAAACUAAUGGGGUUAAAGCGGAAAGGUCAGAGCGUGAACACCAGCGUCGCUCUCGGCCGAGCUGGCUGGACACCUUCACCACAUACAUGAACGAGUUUACCAACCUCGUUGGAGAUAUUGGUCUCGAUAUGGAUAUUUCCACCGAGCACCCUCCUCCGAAGACUCCCAAGCCAACUUCCGAGUACCAAAGUACUUCUCAGGAAGUUCCUCAUCCUCAAAAUACUGAUCAAGCUUCCGAGACACCAAAGGCUUCUGAGGCAGCCUCACUGAACCGAAAUCCUUCCCAGCAGACCCCUCAAUCCCAGAAUGCCUCACAGAAAUGCCCUCCAAACACAACUGCCACUGCUCCGCUAUUCGAUAAUGGGGGAACUUCAGGACCCAAAAUUCAAUUCGAUGUUAAUCAAGAACCUGAUCCUAAAGUGCUGGAUGAUCUGCAAAAGGUACUUAACAUAAUACGCACUAAGUAUAUCGAACCCCACAACAAUGCCAAGUUACAAAACCCGUCUACCUCUGCUAAUGAUCAGCCUCAAGCAUCAGGCGAGGAUUCCGACAAGCCCGCUACUAGCCAAGCUCAGGGAGGAGAGGGAGACGCUAAUAUUGCGAUCGAUGUGGAUAAAACUGAUGCGAAAUCUGUAAACUCGGACAGUUCUGAUUCUUCUGGGCAAGACAAAGAGGCUUCCUCCGACAAGGUUGACGAUUGGACUAUGGUGAACAAAGGUAAAGAUUUGAUGGAUUCGAGUGCUAACGAGCACAUCAUGGAUGUACCAGUGGCUCCGAUUGGAUUUAAUCUGCCCAAAGAGUUCCAGCAGCGGGUCACUAUUGGACAACUUCUGUACCCGCAACUUAAUACCGCUACAGCUGUGCUGAAACCUAAAGAAGUGGAGCGUCCCAAGGAGUUCCAACCAGUCGCUGCCCAGAGACAAGACAACCAGCAGUCGACUCAGAAGCCAGCAACUGCUCCCCCAAAUCCAGCAACUGCUCCUCCAAAGUCGGCGACACCUCAACCCACACCAAUGCAGCAACAAGUGACUCCGCCACGAUUCCACCACGCUAAGCCACAUAUCGAUGAGGCACUGCGUCAAAUGCUGGCGAUGGGCUUCACUAACCAGGGGGGCUGGCUGGUCGAGCUCCUGGAGAAGAAGGACGGCAACAUCGCUGCUGUACUCGACUUACUCACUCCGGUUAAUCCCAAGAUUUAAAGAAUCAUUUCCAUACUAUAUAUCUAUACUUGAUAAUCGACAUUAAGUAACAAUAGCUAUGAAACAAUCAUUUUUGAAUCAGUACAAUUAUUAACUUCAGUUUCAGCUAUGUAUGUAACACAUUAUCAUAUCUAAGUUGUUUCAAGUAAAAAAUAAUUUAACAGUGG